AUGGCAGACGUUUUAACGCAUAUGUUCACAAACUUUAUGUCACGGGCGGACUCAUCGAAGGAUCUCAAGGUGAUUCCUCCAGCACCGGCCCAAUGCGGCGUCCUUGUAGUCGGAGAGCAAAAUCUCGGACGCUCCGUGUUGCUUCUCGCGGCGGUUACGGCUGCGUGUCGGAUGGGCGUAAAGGUGGUGUUCUUCGCUCAAGCGCAAAUCCAAAGCCUGCCAGUGUCUUUGCAAAAAUGUGUUCCAAGUCUGAGCCCGGAAAGUCUCAAGCAAAUCAAAUUCUGCUACCCGAGGACAUUGGAGGAGUUGCUCCAGCAAGUGGCGGGCCUUCAUGAAUCCACCAACAACUUUCCCGUCCCUCCAUCACUGAUCAUCGUCGACAGACUGGAGGACUUUCUGCGCGGACCCGCAGGCGAAAGCCACGGCGUUGAGCACUCCUGCGCUGCACACCUCUCGGCGUUGUUGUGCGACACUGCGACUUUUCUCACUGGCCUCCUUGAGCGACAGACCUCAAGCCCCGCCCCAUGUCGCGUCAUCGCCUCUUACAAGCCAAAAGAGCAAAGCGGACAAUUCUCUGUCUCGGAUCAAGUUCUCGAGACUUUGGACCGCUACUUUCAAGUACGAUGUACUCUGGACCAAGACGGAAGCUACAAAGCUGCAGCAGCCGGGCUGCAUGAGGUGUGGCACGUUUACUUUUCGGGAACCGGUAUCACCCUCGACCCUUGCCCCGAAGACACUGAGGUCAAGCCGGGUUUGGCACAGGAGUGGCAGUUGUCAAUCUCUCCUGAUGGCUUGAUGGAGUUUCAGUUAGUUUGA